UAAUUAGGACAACAGCAUCUCUAACUUUGCAUAUAUUUUUAUAUUUUUUAAAGCAAAGUUUACCUAUAUCUUGAGCAGGCAGACCAGACUUGUCCAUAAACCAGUCAAAAUUAACUUUAUUAGAAAUACAAGUGACACCAGCGGUCUGCACAACACAGCACAUUCCUCCACCACAUAGAUAACUACAAUCAAAAGUUUAGAUUUCUACAAAAUCACUGAGAGGGCCUGAGACCACUAAAAUUUUAAAGAGAUUGGUGUUUAAGAUCACGUCCUAAGGAACGUCAAGUCAACACAUCUCAUUGAGCUGCACUUAAAACAUUGGCAAUUCUUACAAUAUAAAGGAAUAUCUGGUAUGCAGAGGCACCAGAAGCUUCAUGAUUGUAGGUGAAAGCCCUGUCAAGGGAGGGAGAGUCAGUGCUAGGGAAAUUUUGCGUUGCUAUGCCCUAAAGACUUUUGUAAAUGAAGGUAGCACCAAUGAAAAAUAGAUUUGAAUCAAGACUACAGUCAAGCUUCAUUCUUAAAACUCCUUCCGCCCCAACAUCAAUCAUCAAGCCAUCAAGGGUGGCUGAACCCAACCCUACUUUACAUUAAAACAAAAAAAAUUUCUGAUGACGAUCAAGAUGGCUUGAUUUAACUUUUGGAUAUAACUCCUGUUUUUUCUGCAGCUAUAUUCAAGCUAAAUAAAGUCACCUAAUUUAAAUUACCAACGCUAAGUAUGAUGUGAAUCAAAUAUAACUGAUGUUACAUAGUACAUAUUUCUUAUAAAGAUCACAAGUAUUGAAAGAUGAAAAUUCAGAGAAUUUCGUCAACAGAGUUCAAAAGUUGGCUCAAUCUGCUUGACAAAGAAUUAGAGAGCAGAAGGAAUCAUAUAAUUCCAUUAUUGUUAAAAAGGCUGUUACAUAAAGCAGGGCUACAAUGAUAUAGAUUUUUUCUGGCUUAGUUGUGUAUAGUGCCACUGAGAGGUUUCUGAGACCUUGUGGCAGAAUUGAAAGAGGAGGCCCUUUGCAAGCGAAGUGAGCAAACAAAUUUUGGCGACCAUGCCGUUUAAAUUACCUAAAAAUUCAUUUCAGAAUAUUUUUUUGCUGUUACCUACUUGCACUCGUUUAAAAAGUUGCACAAUUUUGUUUGUCUAAAAAAUUGCUUUCACAACGUCGCGAGUGCCCUAAACCUCAAGGCCCAUGGCCAAUUUUCCAUCACCUCCGCCUUUUAGUAACCUUUGUUGUGAAUUUCUUUUCUGGUGUUUUUGAAAGCAGAUCAAAAAGAAACAUUUUAGAUCAUUGCCUCAAAAGGUCGCCUCUUUGCUCAUAUCGUAUAGCACCUAAGCAAUUCAAGGGCACUUUUUGGUCAUGCAGUUGGCAAAAAGAGCAACCUGUGGCUUAGGCGCCCUUGCUGGUGUGCACCUGAAUCAAAGGUCAGAGAAUGUGCACCAGCUCAUGCAACUAAAGAAGUCUUUUUGCACGGUUUAUGGGCCAUGCACACCAUUUUGAUUAGGAACUUGGGACAAUAGCUGUUCAAUUCAUCAAGUUUACAUUUGAAUAUGAAAUGCGAAAGUUCCCUAGCAUGGUGUAUGACCAAAACCAGAGUAAAUAAUAUAUAGAAAAUAACUAUCUGUAUAUAGAAAAUAUCUAUCUUUAUAUAAGAAGUACCAGAUUCUUAGUGUUGCUCACUCUUGAAUAUUGUUCUUUCCAUAUCAGAUGGGAAAUCUGGAAGGCUUUGCCAAGUUAUGACAGUAUCUGGAAGGAUGUUUAUAAACGAAGGUUUAUAUGUGAAAAAGACUUAAGAAGAAUGAUCAAUGCCAUUAUCAAGAGGUCCUUUAAAAAAGAUUGUUUGGAGAAUAAAGACCUUGCCAAAUUUGGAGAGUAUUGUGACAAAAAAGAUGCAGAGGACAUUGUACAAAUUGAAAAUGUAUUUUAUGGCAUUAUGAAUGCAGUGAGACCAACAGAACUCACGCUGAAGUACUACACAAGAUUGAUUUAUAUUUAUGUGAGACAGCAUCAGCUUAAAAAGAGAUGGUGUGAGUUUUUGUUAAAGCCAGAAGAACAGCAGAGUUUAUUAGAAGGUGCAGUUUUGGUAACACAAUGGUGUGGUCAAUUAAGUACAAUCAAUGAGGAGGAAAUAAGAAAGAACAUGCAAGAAAUAAUUUCAUUGGUAGAGAAUAAAGUUGCUGUUGUAAAGAAGAGAUACACAAAUGCACAACCACUGCCCGGUGAAGAUGAUAUAACAAUAGAAGCGAUUAAUGAAGUUCUAUUCAAAGAACUUGGUUUUCACGGAAACAACCGCUCUUAUUACGAUGUCAACAAUUCAUUCAUCGACAAGGUAUUGAAACUCCACACAGGAAUACCGAUUACUUUAUCAACUAUUUACUCUGCCGUUGCCAAAAGAUUUGGAAUUCAUCUUGAACCAGUAAACUUUCCAACACAUUUUUUGCUGAGAUACUCUUCAGCUGCUUCGAGGUAUUAAUUGUGAUGUUUUCCUUUGGUUUGUUUGUUGAAAAUUAAAAUGUGAAUUUUGCACUCUGGUCCUUCCUUUUUACCUUUCCUCUUACAAGCCUUCCCUACCUUCCUCAUCUUUUUGGGAAGAGUAUGAUUAAUAAUUCUGUAUUGUUUGUAAGCCUGGGUGCUUAAACUAAAAUGGGAUUGAGCAACUUUUCAAAACCAUUUAUACAGUAAUAAUUUUUCUGAGAUAUUCUCUAACUGCCUCGAGGUAUCGUUUUUCAUUUGUGCUUAGUUAUAUUCAUGAUUUGCCCUUACAACGUUAUUUCAAGUAAGGGACUGAAUUGAUAGUUUUCAGUGAUAUUUAUCUAGAACCAAAAUUUACUGUUUUCUGACCAGGUAGAAAUUUUAUGAAUUCUGAAAUUAGUUUCCCUGCAUUUGUGUGCUUAGAGCCAUCAUUUUAGGCAGACUUGGUCAAUGGAAAAUCAU